GUCGGACAGAUCGUUUUGUUGUAGAUGAAACCGGAAGAAUCGGAGGUCAAGCUUCGCCUUUACGAGUUCUCCCUUCUGCAAGACUGAUGAGUAAUCUCGGUCUCGUACUGGGUGCUCUGUUGGUGGUUCUGAUCUGGUACUUAUGGAAGGGGUUGAAUUAUCUAACAUGGAGGCCAUAUGUGAUCACAGAAGCUUUCAGGAAGCAAGGGGUGAGAGGCCCUGCUUACAGGUUCUGGUCGGGAUCACUCGGAGAGAUAAGAAGCAUAAGCAAAGCCGCCAUGGAGCAGAUCUUGGACGUAAAGUCACAUGAUAUCUCCACGAGAGUUCAGCCUUUUUACCGCAAGUGGACGUCGGAAUACGCAGGUGAACCAUUCUUGUUUUGGUUUGGACCAGAGCCAAGGAUUUGCGUCUGCCACCCGGAGCUAAUUAAGCAAGUUCUUGCGAACAAGUUCAGGUUCUACCCCAAGAUCGAUCCGCCUCCCAACGUUACGUCCCUCCUGGGCAAGGGAUUGAUCCUUGUAGAAGGCACGGAAUGGGUGAGGCAUCGAAGGGUCGUCGGCCCUGCUUUCCACAUGGAGAAGCUCAAGAUACUCACAAAGACAACGGCAGAAUGCGCUAAGGCAAUGUUAGAAGGUUGGGAAGCAGAGUAUCAGCAGAAGGAAAUAGACGUGUCUGCACAAUUUCAAGAACUGGCAGUAGAUUUGAUCUCUCAAGCCACUUUCGGAAGCAGCUUCACGGAAGGGAAAGAAGUCUUCCUAGCACAGCAAGAACUCCAGAAGAUCGUGGUAGCCAGUAAUCUUAGUAUAAAUAUCCCAGGAACCAAAUACAUCCCUAGCAGGAGUAACCUGUACAAAUGGAAGCUGGAGAAGAGAGUGAGGAGCAAACUCGUUAGUAUCAUUCAGGCUCGAGUGGAUUCCAAGGAACGCUGUGGCUACGGAAAUGAUCUGCUUGGCUUGAUGUUAGAAGCUUGUCACAAGCCAGAGGGGCAGAUCCUGAGCAUGGACGCAAUCGUAGAUGAGUGCAAGACGUUUUUCUUCGCAGGGCAGGAGACCACCGCCCAGUUCCUCACGUGGACUGUGUUCUUGUUGAGCACAAACCAGAACUGGCAGGAGAAGCUCCGGGAGGAAGUGCUGCGAGAGUGUGGGAUGCAAAGCCCAGAUGCAGAUAUGCUCAGAAAGCUGAAACUAGUCACCAUGGUUCUCCUGGAAACCUUGAGGCUCUACGGCCCAAUCGACGUGCUAAGGAGAAAGGCCGGUAAAGAUAUGACCUUGGGGAAGAUCAACAUCCCCAAAGACACCGAGAUAGUGAUGCCGAUCAUGCUGACUCAUAGGAACAAGGAGAUAUGGGGACCUGAUGCUGAUGAGUUCAACCCACUCAGAUUCGAGCACGGGGUCACCAAAGCUGCCACACACCCCACUGCGCUGCUCGCGUUCGCGGUAGGGCCGCGGGCUUGCAUCGGCCGAAACUUCGCCAUGUUGGAAGCCAAGACUGUGAUCACAAUGAUACUGCAGAGGUUCUCCUUUUCUCUUUCGUCCGAGUACAAGCACGCCCCUCGACGCUCGAUCUCUGUGCAACCUCAGUACGGCCUUCCUAUCGUUCUCAAGCCGCUGCGUGCCGGAAUCAGAAUUGGUUGAUGCUGUAGUUCUAUCUCUAUGUCAUCGUGCUUAUUAUUAUCAUGUAAGCGUAUGGCCCGCAUGGUCUUGGUGCUGAAUCUAAAUGUCGAGGAAACCACCUGCUAAUUUGCACUGGAUUUCGUAGUCUGUGACUUGGAUCCAACUAUAAGCCCAUAAAUAAAAUUAUUGGUGGUU